UUGUCAUCUGUAUAAUGCAAAGAUAAAUUGAAACAACUUCAAAUCCCUUGAUGCACAAAAUUCACAGGAGCUAUCAAAACCCCAAAAGAGUAUGUUUGGAAGUGAAGUCUUAGAGAAAAAGGGAAGCAAAUGCGAUUUUUUAUUUUUAAAUUAAGAGAUAUAUAAUAUUUAUAUAAAAGAUAAAGAUUAAUACAUUAAAUUUAUGCUAAUCUUUCAUUUUUUAAAAAUUAUCAAACUAGAGAACAUUAAUUAGAACUGAAAAAUUUGUCAUCCUUUCCCUCCAAAAUAUAACUCUUAAAACUACUUUAACAAAACAAUUACUAACACCUCAUCAUAAGCAAAUAUUAUGUUGAUUGAGCAAUUUGACCAAAAGAAAUAAUAUGAAAAAAAAUUAUUUCAGAGUGCAUGAUAUUUCCCAAAUAUUCUUAUUGGAUAACCAUGACACUCCCCAAAAAUAAAGAAUCAGGACGUUAUGGAAUUGUGUAUCUACUAUCUAGCAGUACUGGAGGCAAUAUAAAUCUCAAGAUACAAAUUCUAGUAACCAAAAUCAAUAACCCUAUUAGGCAACUCAAAAGGUCAUAACAUAUUAAACGAGAAUAAGAAAUUAUAAUAAAUUUUGAAAAGCCAGUAUCAAUAAGAACACUAAAUGGAGAAACCGAAAAAGUUAUUGGCAGGGAAAGAGUGAUUAAAGAAUAAGAAAGGAAAGCUCUCACACAGAAGCCCGUUUUGAUCAUGAACAACUCCAUAGAAGCCCCAACCAAAGCUGAACCAACCCCAAUCUUCAAGUACCAAUCAAGAAACUUCAUUCUGAACUGGAUGAAAUUGAACAAUGAUCACUGAAAUUCAAUCUGAAUACAUAAUUGAUUAAUUGCAAAUCCAACACUACUCCGAACCAAUGUAUAAAUCUCAAUUUUCAAAAUCUAGAAGCAUUCAAACUAACUACAACCAGCUCGAUAAGUAUAAGGAAGCAAAUUGAAGGAUGCGAAAGCCACGUGAACCUGAUUUGGUCAUAAAUUCAACAUCAUGUUCUCAAUGGAAGUUGAAUAUUCAGUUAAAGAACCAAAAGAAUCAAAUAAAAAAACACAAAUUUUAUGACACGCAUCCUUCCAAAACUCAUCAAAUCAUUUAUUUAGAAAUAUCCACUCAAACUUCACCAGAAUCGCUCGCAAAAGCACCGAAAAAAAAAAAACUGAACGCAGAGCCAAAAUCCUUCGAAGACGAAAGGGAAAAAAGCAGCAAAAACAAAAGAAAAUCAAAUUCAAAAUAUGUAAAUCGACAAGAUAUAGAAAAAAGUGAAAGGAGAGAUCAGAGUAGAUACCAAUUAUUAGGCUUUCGUCUACCACUUUGUUUUCAGGAACAUCGUCCUUUUCAAAAAAAUUUUUGUCAUGAAUUUUUUUGUUUUUGGUCAACAGUUCUUUGGUUAGUUUUUGAGGGGUUUUCUUUUCCUUGUUUAUGAACAUAAUGGACCAAAGCCCAAAUUGUUUUACCUUAUCACGGGCCCAAAUAAAAAAAUCUAGAAACGCAAUCCUAUUUGGAAAACAUAGUGUAAUCUAAACCGUUAAAUUAACUAACCUCAUUCGACGAAGAUAAUUCAACCACGUCAUCGAUCCGUGCGACACGCUAUUUUCCAAUAGGAAUCCAUCUCUAAUCCCUAUAUAUGGUUCUCUUUAAGCCUUAUCACUCACUCAUCGCAUAGCGUAGCACUCGUCACUUUUUCCGCACACGCAAGCCCGACCGAAAGAAGUGUGUAGAACUUCGUCGCCGUCGUAAUCCAUGGCUCCCGCAAAGGCUGAGAAGAAACCAGCGGAGAAGAAGCCGGCGGCGGAGAAGGCUCCGGCCGAGAAGAAGCCUAAGGCGGAGAAGAAGAUCUCGAAGGAAGGAGGAAGCGACAAGAAGAAGAAGCGCGUGAAGAAGAGCGUGGAGACAUACAAGAUCUACAUCUUCAAGGUGCUGAAGCAGGUCCACCCUGACAUCGGUAUUUCCAGCAAGGCCAUGGGGAUCAUGAACAGCUUCAUCAACGACAUCUUCGAGAAGCUCGCUCAGGAGGCUUCGCGUUUGGCUCGCUACAAUAAGAAGCCAACCAUCACCUCUCGGGAGAUCCAAACCGCGGUGCGUUUGGUGCUUCCCGGUGAAUUGGCCAAACACGCCGUUUCUGAAGGAACCAAGGCCGUUACCAAAUUCACUAGCUCUUGAAUCAGGAUUUGCCGGUUGAUUGUAUCCGAGAUCUAGGGUUUUCUGUGGAUUUUUAUUUUUAUCUUUUAAAUUAGAAUGUAGAUGUAAUGUUAUUAACAGUUGUUAAUGGAAGCUUUUUCUAUAAAUAAUUAUAUGCUCUUUAUCUUAUAGUUGCGUGAUUGUGCAUUUUGUUUUUGGCGGUUGUUGUUUUUUGCCCCAAUUCAGUGAUCGUUUGUACCCUGAUGACAUUGAUUAUUGCUUCAACUUCAGACUUUAGAACUAAACGCGGUAGGUAGUUUUAAUAACGCCCCAAUUAGAUUUUUGACUCAUGUAAUUUCGUUUUUAUUUUUAUUUUACAAUUCUUUAAUUAAUGUGGAUGGAUAUGUAAAUAAUCAUAAGAGUAUUUAUUGAUCACGUUAUUAUUUAUUAGUUAUUUGAAGAUUGAGAGUCUUAUUUGUUACAUCAUAAAAGAUUGAAAUGUUUGGAGAGACAAAUUAAUUGUCAUAAAAAUGUAAACGUUAAAAGGCAUCCAAGGCCAGAUUAUUUUUAAUUCUACCUGUACUAUCGUAUUUCAUGGCAAAUGAAAAGGCGGGCAUAUGUAUCAUUUACGUAAAGGUCUAAUUUUGGAGACCGUUCAUUUUCGGAUAUCUGAUUCUGCUAUAACUUGAGAUAUGCAGAUUGUAGUUGCUGUUAUGAUAUAUAUAUAUAUACAUAUGUUAGGUCAGGAGCUAGUUUUCAUGCCCUUGCCAUUUUCAUCUUAGAUUUUCAAUGGCCUGUGUUAGACUUAGUUAUUAACUUCCAUCAGAUGCCCCAACUUGGGAGUAUUCUGGGUGAUUUGAGAACGCAAAGUACUUGAUAUUGCCUAACUAUUAUCUAAAACGUGACAACUUUUUAAUAAUUUUUUCAUAAAUUAUAAAUUUUUUUAUCAGAUGUUUUGUAAUGAUUAAUUAAGAAUAUAAAAGUCACAACAAAAGUUGACUAAAUUGAAAACCUUUUGUGGUUUUAGUAAAUUUCAGUCAAAAUUAUGACUUUUAGUUGAUAAAAUUUAUUAAAUAUGUAUGUACAUUUUAAUUUUAUUAACAAUAAAGUAAAAUUAAUUGUUUUUACAAUUAACAUUUUCUCAAACACAUUCUAGUUAUAUGUUUUCCUUUCCUUGU